AUGGCUUGGCGCCUACGUUUAAGAACCGAAGGAAAGAACAACCAUGUAGCAACAUGGUGCAUCCAGAAAAUAUCAGUGGAAGACAGGAGAUGCGGCAUCACGAGUCAGACCUUUGAUCAUUUGAAAACCACUGAGGCUCUUUCUGAUUCUGUGAACCAGCUUAGUGGAUGGAACAAUAAAAAAUGCAUUCCGGCAGCAGAAGCUGCGCCACCGGGCGAGCAGGCCGCUGGCCGCCAUGUGCUUGGCCUGGCAGCAGCUGUGCCGUUGGGCCAGGCUGUCCUCAGCUGCACCAUAGUAGUCAGUAACCGUCACAGGUGCCGUGAUUAG